AAAAAACUCAGCAAGAGCCGGCAGCAGCAGCUUCACUUCAUCUUGUUUCCUCUAAUGGCUCCUGGCCAUAUGAUCCCAAUGGUAGACAUCGCCAAGCUACUAGCGCAGCGCUGCGGCGUCGCCGUCACCAUCUUAACCACCCCCGUCAACGCCAACCGCUUCCGAUCAACCCUGUCUCGUGCCGUAAGUUCCGGCCUGAAGAUCCAAGUACUCGAGCUCAGAUUCCCCACCUCAGAAUCAGGGCUGCCUGAAGGGUGCGAGAAUAUCGACCUGCUUCCUUCCCUGGACAUGGCCCCUAAAUUCUUGGCGGCCAUCAACUCGCUCCGGCAAGAGGCGGAACAGGUGCUGGAACGGCUUGAUCCGCCGCCGAAUUGCCUCAUUUCAGACAUGGGGCUGCCGUGGACGGCGGAGAUCGCUCUGGGUCUCAACAUCCCCCGCCUUGUUUUCCAUGGAACUUGCUGCUUCUCCCUCCUAUGCAACCACAGAAUAAUGGAAUCCAAGAUUCUUGACAGUUUGGAGUCCGAUUCGGACCGAUUCGUCGUCCCUGAUGUGCCCGACAUGGUUGAGCUCACCAAAGCUCAGGUCUCGAGCUCUUCGAAGAAGACUCCUCACGACACUCCAAAUUACGCUCUAAUGGAAGAAUUCAAGAAGAAAUUUCUGGCCGCCGAGAAGGCAACAUACGGCGUGGUCGUCAACAGUUUCGAGGAAUUGGAACCCGAAUACGCCAGAGAGUAUCGCAAGGAGAAACAGGGGAAAGUAUGGUGCAUCGGCCCUGUUUCCUUAUACAGCUCGGCGGACGACAAAGACCACGCCGCCGUGAGAGGCGACGAGACCGCCGCGACUAACCAAGACUGCCUCAAGUGGCUGGAAUCCCACGAGCCAGAAUCUGUAGUGUACGCAAGCCUGGGAAGCUUGGCUAGGCCAAAUGUCGAACAGAUGGCGGACAUGGGCCAGGGAUUGGAAUCAACGGGGAGACCCUUCAUCUGGGUGCUGGGAAGAGGCCGCAAUGUGAGCCGCAUAGAGGAAUGGAUUGCCACGACCGGGUUCGAGGAAAGGAACAAAGAGAAGGGGAUGGUGGUUCGCGGGUGGGCUCCUCAGAUCCCGAUCCUCUCCCACCCAUCGGUCGGCGGGUUCUUGACCCACUGCGGGUGGAACUCAGUGCUGGAAGGGAUUGCCUCCGGCGUGCCAAUGGCAACGUGGCCGCUCUUCGCCGAGCAAUUCUGCAACGAGAAACUGGUGGUGCAGGUUUUGGGCAUGGGGGUGAGCGUGGGGGCGGAGGUGCCGGUCAAGUGGGGAGAAGAAGAAGAGGUUGGAGUUUUGGUGAAGAAGGAUGACAUAAAGAGAGCAGUGGAGAAAGUAAUGGGCGAGGAAGGGAAAGAGAUGAGGAGGAAGGCGAGGGAGGCGGGUGAACUGGCUCGCAUGGCGAUCCAGGAGUCUGGUGGUUCUUCUGCUCUCAACUUGACCUCCUUAAUCCAAGAGAUGUCAAGUAUAAAUAUGUGAUUGUGAUGAAGAUGAUGAGGGAUCAUCUUAGAAAAUAUAGAAGUGUGCUUUUAGGAUUCGGAGUCUCUCGGCUUGCUGGAGAGUUUGGAGGUCUAUAUCUCGAUGCCUCCUUCUUCUGAUCUGCUAGUUGGUUGCUAGUUGCUGAUCUCGCACGGUAGAGGAUCUGAAUUCUUCCUUUUAAGGGAGCACCUUGAUGUAAUUUAGUGGCAUAUCAAUUUUUUAUUCAGUUUGGUUCGAUGUGAAUAUAAUUAUUACUCCCUCCGUCCCAUUUUAAAUUUCUACUUUCUUUUUUGUGUUGUCCCAAAAUAAGUGUCUUCUUUCCUUUUUGGAAAGAAAUAUGCAGCCUACACCAUUUCAAUUUAUUAUACUCAAACUUCAAUCAUAACUUUUACGUUUUCAACCACUUCAUUAAUAAUCGUGUCAAGUCAAACUAAGACACAUAAAAUGAGACGGAGGUAGUAUCAAAUAAAGGCAUACAAUGUUUUGAUUUGGCUUUAGUUGGUUAUGUUUAGUU